AUUCAGUUACCUGCAGAGUCACCUCUCACACACCUGCUCCUGCGUUGCCUACUCGGCGACUGUAUUCCUGGGAACCGACAACAAACGUCUGCUCUGUGUGCUGUUUACAGUCUUUCAUACUCUAUACUUAAAACAAACGCUUACAUAUAUCGACGGUUUCACACGGAGGUUGUCCUGAUCGGCUGCUGGCUGUGAUGGCAGGCUGAUGCUUCAGAGCACGUUUGUCACCUUGAUAAUACCGUCCGGAAACCACCGCUGAGAGUUCCUAUAAGGGGUGGAUGCCUUUCAAUCAUGAGUGUCCUUGGACCUCCGUCAAGGCAAGCCAAUGGAGUGGCCAGAUCGGACAGCAAGAUCAGCGCCAAGGCCCUCUACGAACAGAGGAAAAAAUACUCCAACUCCAAUUUUAUCAUGCAUGAGACGUCGCAGUAUCAUGUUGAGCAUCUCUCCACAUUCAUUAUGGACAAGACUGAGUCCAUUGCCACAGUGGACGAUGCCAUCAAGAAGCUUGUCCUUCUGGACUCAAAAGACAAAAUCUGGACCCAGGAGAUGCUCCUGCAGGUCACGGACAAGGCGGUCAGACUGCUGGACUGCGACACACAGGAAGAGUUGGAGAACUUCCCUCUGCCCACCAUCCACCUGAGUCAGACAGUCCUAAAUCAGACACGUUACCCAUCCGUGCUACUGUUGGUGUGUCAGGACAAGGAGCAGCACCGACCCGACAUCCACUUCUUCCACUGUGACGAGGUGGAGGCUGAGAUGGUUCAUGCGGAUAUAGAUAGUGCCAUAGGAGACAAUAAGCAUGGAAAGAAAAUGAGGCUUCAGACACUGAAGGUGAACCAGGAGAAAAUGAAGCGUCAGAGAGAAACCAUCCUCCCCCCGACGGCCCCUAAGGGCCCCUCACCUGCUGCGAAGGGACGAGUGGCAGCCACAAGCACACAGGACAGACGAGCCUCCGGACAAAAUGACACAGAGUCACAUGAAAAGCUGGCCCAGCGCAUUGAGAAGGAUGUGCAAAUCCUCAACUGUGCCCUGGAUGACAUAGAAAUCUUUGUGGCGCGGCUGCAAAAGGCAACAGAGGCCUUUACCCAGCUCAACCAUCGCAACAAGAGUAAGAAGAAUAAGAAGAAAGGACCAGCAGAGGGCAUGCUGACCCUGCGAGCAAAGCCCCCCUCUGAAGCAGAGGUCAUUGAUAGCCUGCAGAAACUGAAGCUGGCCUUCAACCUCUUGGCCAAACUGAAGAAACACAUACAGAAUCCAAGUGCGUCGGAGCUGGUUCAUUUCCUGUUCGGUCCUCUGGAGCUGGUGCUGCAGAACUGUGGAAGUCCUGAACUGGUGCGUUCAGUAAUCUCCCCUCACCUUUCCAAAGAUACUGUUGACUUCCUGCGGGGUCACCUCAGCCCCAAAGAGAUGACCAUCUUUGAGCUGCUUGGGGAAGGAUGGACAAAACCCAGAGCAGAGUGGCCCAGGGAUCAGUGCGCUCCUCCUUAUUACCCAAAGUUUCGUAAUGGCUGGGAGCCGCCGGCGGAGCUCUUCAGGACGGCCCCAUGGGAAACAGAGGGAUCCAUGGGGCCACUGGCGUCUCCCACCAGCCCGGAUUACAGAAAACACUCUGCGGAGGAUUUUUAUGGAACUCAUUCCUCAAGCUCCUCAAACGGGUCUCACAAUGGGAUGCCCCAUGCUCGCAAAUAUGCCAAAAUUCGCUACCACUUUGUAGCACGGAAUGCCAACGAGCUGUCAGUGCUGCAGGAUGAAAUCCUCGAGGUGAUAGAGGAUGACAAACAGUGGUGGAAACUACGGAAUCGCAGCGGCCAGUCUGGCUACGUCCCCUUUAACAUCCUGGAUGUUGUGAACAUAGAGGAGCCAGAAGGCGUCUACAGCCAGCAAGGCUACAAGACGCCACCCUCUGGUUCUCUGAGCCAUGGAGACAGCUUUAACAAGGGUAGACCCAAAGACAAAAUGAUGGAUGAGGUCAACAGUGAGUUAUUGAUGAUGAUCACCGCUAAUAAAAUCCAGCCGCCCAGGAAGUUCCGAGUGGAGCGAUCAUCUGGCAGCCAAGUUCCGCUCACGUUUGAUUCAAACACAGAGCAGGUGAUCGCAUGGCUCACUGGGAAAGGUUUCUCAAAACCGACGAUUCAAUGUUUGGGAAUCCUGACUGGAGCCCAACUAUUUUCCCUCAACAAAGAAGAGCUCAAAGCGGUGUGUGGAGAUGAAGGCGGUCGAGUCUACUGUCAGAUCACCGUGGAGAAAGCACAGCUGGAGAAGACCAGUGGAGACUCGGAGCUGCAGGAGAUCAUGAAGAAGAGGCAGGAGAGGAUCGACUCUGGCAGCAAAGACUGAGCCUGCCGAGCAGCAUGACCGCACAAUGAUAAUCACUCUCUAACUGCAGCAGCUUCUUAAAUCAACCUACAGUUAAUUAUGAACUAUGGUAGAAUAUCCUGAAAUGUUGUAUACAUUUUUAAUUGUAUAUUUAUUUUGUAACACCCAAUGUGUAUGUAUUCAAGUGUUUUCUUAUAUAAUUAUGUUGCUUUUGUUUUCAUCGUCUCUUUAAAUUUUGUUGUAUGAAAAGAGGAACAUAUGAAUCUAUGUACAGUUCUUUGUGUGUGUGUGUGUGUGUGUGUGCGCGCGCGUGUAUGAACAACAUGCAUGUAACAUACAUAUUUGUACGAGCUUUUUGGUCGAUGCAACUGUUUACUGAAUGACUUGGUAAAUAAAGUAGAUCUUAGGUAUUGCAUAUGUAUAUCCGUGCCAGAAUGUGUGACACAUUAUCUGAUACAUAGCCAAUUAUUUUCAUAUUCCUGUAUCCCCCUAGCCGGUAUCAGAAGUCCUGAUUGGUCACUGCAGAUCAGCAGAAGGUAUUAAUAUAAAUAAUGUUGCUGUUUAUAAGCAGAAUUCAACAAUAAUAAAAUAAUCCUGCAUGAAGUUGAUGUCAAUAAUAGUGCGAUGCUUACAUUAAUGUAUUUUUAUGCAGCAUGAUAAUUUGCAGUGUGAACUGCAUAGACACACAGGAAUAAUGAAUUUAUGAGAGCAUGUUCUGAUAUGAAUAAUUAGAUGAAUAUUGAGACAAAACAUUCAAGGGGGCUGUAAAUAUGAUGGGACACUGUUAAAAAGAAUAUAAUUAAAAAACUAACUUGGUAAA